CGGCAUUCAUGGGACCUAAUUAUUGUGUUGUGAUGUUUAAAACCAGAGGCAGCCGUUUCCAGCGACCGACAGCGAGAGAGGGACCGAUAUCAUAGGAGUUGAGCAAUGGAAAGUGGAAAUGGUGGUGCCUCGAGUAAAGGUGUUUCAAUGCCUGUGUCCGACAGGUCUGACGUCUUUAAAGACUGUAUUCUCACUCCACUAGAAAGUGCGUACUUGUAUGACGAGUCAAAGCAGUCUUUCAGAUACGAGUCCGCAGUUUUGAUCAAGAAUCCCGCACUUGAAGAAAAGUAUAAUACAUUCCGGGCAAAGAGAAGAGAAAUAGGCUAUUCAGACGAAGACCUGAAGGAAACCUAUGGGUUUUUGCUCUUUGAUGAUGUCAGUAAGGCUCAGACACUUGGAGAAACUGGCGUGCUCACUGGAAAUAGCACAUGCACAACGCUGGGAGAUCCUGCGAAGGGUGUUUACAUAUCAAUGUAUUCUGACUGUUUGGACCCAAAUCGCUGGUAUCAUGGGAAAUCCGGCUGCAUCGCCAUCAUUAGAUUGACAAAGGGGAGAGUUAAAAGGGUUUUUGAGAACUACACUCAGAACUUCACAGCUCCUUCUGUUGGGUUUGACUGCCAUGUGUCAGAACACUUGCCUGUGUCUGCCAACACCAGCUCCUUUCUUGCCUUUGAGCGAACACAGUACUACAUGUAUGAGCUGCUAGAUGAUGGAAGCAAUGAAACGGCUCCCGCUCCCAGUGCUGCCUGUCCCUUUGCUAUUGCGUUAUUUUCAUAUAUGGACACCAAAGUGACUGUUGCGGAACCACAGGAGAAAAGAUACUUUAUGCAGCGCACACUGUUCUCCUUCGAAUGUUGUGAAGAGAUAAAAACAGUUUGUCAUUACGUGCCCUGGAGAGGUCAGCUCCAAAUUGACACACAGUUCUACAAUGUUGGGCUCAAAUCUACAACAAAGGCUUUGUUUCUGCCUGGAAAACUGCCACCAUUGUUGAAAGUUGACAGAGCUGUUACUAUGUUGGGUCUGCGACAAUUGUUGCCAAGGACUGUCUUUGAAACGUACUUUUCUGGUGAAGUCUUUCUGGAUGGCUUAUACUGCAGUCUCUGUGAACUGGUUCCUUCUAACAUGGAGGAAACCAACUCGCUCACUUUGCUCGUGCAAGAGGUCAAGGAGAAAGAACUUGCUCUUCUCAUUUCACUAAGUGAUGGCGGUUUUCUUAUCCUGUUACACUCUUCUCAUUUCCUCACAUAUGAGAAUAUUGGGUCAAAUGCAACCAAGGUCCUUCAAGGCUUGUUUGUGUUUCCAGAGUCACGACUAAUACAUCGAGACACAAAAUUUGGAGACCAAAAGGUUGCCAUUCCAUCGGAGAUCCAUCGGAUUCUACCAGCCCUACAUUAUGCAGAGGGUGAAGCUGAGAAAACAACCAACGAUCCAAGUGAAGAACUCUGUGAAGUUUUAGCACGGCACAUGCAAAAUUAUGCAGCACUGAUCAAUCCUGGGUUAGCAUUGAGUCCCUCAAGGGAUGUUAGCGUUUUCCCAGAUCAGUAUGAUGUGGCAAACGCUCACAGACACCUGUACUCAACCACUGAGUGGACCAGCAGUGCAUGGCAAAAUGUCAGGUCAUACCUGAGCAAACCACUGUCCUUUCAGCUCCCAGUGGCCAAAGCUUCAGAACUCCUUGCAGCUGGACAUGGAGAGCAAGGCGAAGAAAUGGAUGAUGACGUGUAUAUCUGUCUGUCAUCUCCCGAGGAAGUACAAGCCAGUUCUGUGAACAUGGAAUCAGAUGACCAUUCUACCUUCUUGGAAUCUCCUGUAAAUACUAGGUCAUGUGUGGACUGUUCCCUACCAAAUUCUGAAGCACACAUUGGUUUAACUGCUAUGCCUCAAAAGGAUGAAGCUGCACAGGAUACCAAAGACUAUCUAAGAUCUGACCUCACGGUACUGAUCAAAAAAGAUGCGUUGAAAGAAAAUCUGCUGAAUCUUCCCACAUCAGAUGACCUUCCAGCAGAGCUGAUUGUCAGUAUAACUUCAGCAAAGCGAACUGCUACCGAACAGAGUUUAGGAUCGACGAUCAGUACUGUCUCAGGAGCAAAGCAUAAUGACUUUGAGCUUUCUGGUUUUUCACCUGCCAACUUAAAGACGGAAGGAGUUAAAUCUCUCAUAGAUGAGACUGUUGAAAUGGUAAAUGGAGAUUGCUCUAAUCUCAGAAAAACACGACGGGGAAAGGUAUGUAGGAGACGUAAAAGGUGUUACAAAACGGCACCAAAAAUUGUUGAAGGACCCAGUGUACAGACACACGUGGAUGCUCCACAUAACCUUUCCCAGAGCCAGAAGGAUGACUUGGCCAAGGAGUCAUCAGGACACUCACAGUUGAGCAAUCCUUCAGGAGUGGAUUGGAGGAAAUUACCAAGGCGAAGACGCAAAUAUGGAAAAGUAUUAGUAAAAAAUAAAAAACUAAGAUCUUCUACUGUUAAUGUGGUGUCAGACAUCACAUAUCCGACCACUGUUACAAAGGAAAUUGAAGCGUGUACCAUGAGAAAGAAAACUGAACGCUGGGUUUUAAAGCCAGUUGUCAGUGAAUGUGGAAGAAUCUUGGUUCCUCAUGGCUCUGUGGAUUUUGCUAAUCAGAUUAGAUAUUUAAAUGAGCAAACAAGAAGUAAUAAACAGGAUGCUGAAAGCAUGUUGGUUUCAAAUGCUACCAGCACCUGUAUGAACUUAUCUGACACCAGUGUGCAUGACAUUGAUGAAAUGGAGCAAUACUCUAGCACUGCCCCUCAGACGGUGGAGAACCAAACAGAUUACACAGUGUCCAAUGAAAGAGUAGACUGUUUACAGAACAGUGUGGUCAGUGAUGAUAAUCCUGAACAUGUCGUUGCAGAACAGUUGGAAGGCGGCAAUGGUUCACUGCAUUUAAAUCCAGAAGGUGAUGAACAUUCUUCACAAAACAAUGGCAAUGAGACUUCCUCCUCAGAGGCUGUUAAUGAAACCCAUGUUGAUAGGCUCUUCCUAGGUAACUGUGGAACGAAGAGUAAAUUUCUGUUGCAUAAGCUGAAAUCUGUUCUUUUAAGAGGAAAGAGGAAAAGUGAUGCCCUUGUUUCAGAGGGAAUGACCAGAGAUACUGCCCAAGACACAGACCUUUCUAUCAAGAUGGGCAAAUUUGACUCUGACACUAACGCCAUGAAGAGCAAUAAUUCAGUUGCAAGCGUCCGGGACAGUGACAAGGAACCUUCAGAGAUGCGGUCACUUGAUCCACUUUUUGCAUAUGCCCUAGGCCUCACCCCUAAAGAAAGAACACAUGAAGUACAGAACACUGUGAGUCAUAAUAAUCAACUAGGAAAAGACUUGCUUGAAAAACGGGAACAACUGGUUUCAGACAAGCAACCUCAGAUCAUUCAAAAGCCUCCACCGAUCUUUCAAAAAAGGGGUAGGAUUAAAACACUGAGAAGACACCAAGGAAUUCCUGCAGAAUAUAUUAAACAGAAAUGGUGGUUGCAUUUUCAAACCCCAGCUUCUUUUGCCAGUGAAAAACUCAAAAGCAAAGACUGUACUAGAGAUAAUUCUGUCAGGAAGACUGUUAAGGAAAAAAUGAACAGUUCAUGCACAUCUACAGAUGCUUUGAACUUACUUGCUGACUUGGCACUCAGUGCCACUAAUGGCCAGGUUCCACAACAACCAGAACCAACACUUGAGAAAGAACGUGAGACAAGUUCCAAGAACUGUGACGUUGCAAAAGAUGUUACCAGUGCUGAGCAAGAAUCAGUUCUUCAUUCUCUGCUUAGGCAGCCUGCUUCUAGAACCCUUCAGCCUCUUGAGUCUCCUUCACCAAGCCGUCGUGUUGCAGGCCAUGAAUUGCUUGAUUUGAUAUCUGAAGAACAUGCUUACUCAUUGCCCCAAUCUUCCCCUCUGCUGUUGGGUUUGCUAGGUACACAAUUCCAGGUAUCCCCUUUAUGUGGUUCUACCAGACUUCUACAUCGUCAUCAACAAUUUUAUGGCAAUGGAAUUCAAACACUACACCCCUGUCUCUAUAAGGAAGAAGACAGAGAUGAACACAACCACGGGACUCCGCAAAACUUGAUGAACACAAAAAAACAUGUGCACAGGCACAAGUUCAAACACUCCUGCGCUUCUUUCAAUAAGGAUGGCUCUGUUCAAGUCACGAGACAAUGGAAGGAAAACUAUGACUUUAGCCUAGACAGCAGGUUUACAAGUGGCUUAAAGGAAAAGACUAUCAUUCGAGCCUUACAUGGCCCAUGGGAUGUGUCCAUUCAAGACAAGACGGAUGAAGUUCGGCUCCUUGUCCACAUGUGGAUCGGUCUGUUUUACAGUCGUUCAACUGCGAGGUUCUUUCAUAUUGACUCAAAGUUUACACAUCCAUGUUCAGAGAAGAAUGAACUUUUGGAAACGUUAACUGGGGUGACAUCAGCCCCAGCUCAGUUGGAGUUUAAGGAAAGUUCUCUUGAUCAAUCCCCGAAUAUAUCGGAUAUUUCAGACUCUGCGGUGUCAAAAGCUCUGGAUCUCAGCAAAAAGGAUACAACUGUUUUUGAUCGAGGAGCUGUGAUUUUAGAUCUAUCGCUGAGAAACCCCAAUGCAGAGGCUGCCUCUUCAGCUUUACAAGUCAACAGAAAAAAUACCUGUGUGUCCAGUGAAAAGCAAGACGCGACUGAAACAUUGAGCGUACUUGAGUCAUUCACGGGAGUCAUUCAGGAGGCCAGCACAUUUCAGUGUUACAAAGAGAUGGCACAGUCCAUGGAGAGCAUUGCUGAGGUGAUCAAUGCCAAGGACAAUAAUGAAAAUAAGACUGUUCCAUUGCAAAGAGCUGACAUCUUGGAAAACAUGGAUGUACCAUCUUUUAAAGGUCAUGGAUCAUUAAUUUCUCAUCCAGAAGUGAUUGAAAGUGUGUCCAUUAGGCCAGAAAAUCCUCAGACAGUACAUGGACUCAUCAAAGAGAAGACAGAUAGGAAAGACAAAAUCGAAAGUUCAACAAGCACAGAGAUUAGUUUAGUUCUAAAACAUUCAAUAGAAUCCAAACCCGCAACAGAAAAGGAUAGAAAAUUUAGCAAAGAAAUGGAAACUGCGGUUCACUCGACUGAGUCUAAAGAUGAAACAAACUCGACAAUGAAGGAAAGCUCAAGCUCAGACGAUAACAGAGAACCUCCGAAGAUGAUUAAUUUUGGUCAUAAUUCUGCUUGCAUCGAAGAUUGUUUAGAAAAUGAAGAGCAGUUAUCAAGGGAGGAAUCUGAAUCUGCCCAAGAUCAGACGAAAAAUAUCGAUGAAGGUGUUGAUUGUUCAACAGUAAAGGAAGACACAAUAAUCAAAGAAGAUCACUCUAGGAAACGUGGACUUGAUGAACAAAAUGGUUGCAUUUCAUCUGUGGGAGAUGGAUUUAGAUUAAGUGAUGAGCCUUUACAGUUAAUCAAGAAGGCCUUUCACACAGAUUGUAGUCACCAAGAUCUGUUUGAUGCACAGCCAUCUCAACGAGAUUGGGAAGAAGAUGCCUGCUAUGAUCUGCAGAUGCAAAAUGGAAGUACCAAUCCUCAGACUCUACCAGCAAUGGAGCCUGUUUGUUCUGAAGUUGCGGGGGAAGAAAAUUCAGAAAGAUAUAUCUGUUUGAUGGAAAAAGCAGGUUAUCAGAACUCAGCAUUACCCACAUCUGAUGAGAACAUGUGUUCAUUGGGUGAAACUUGUGGAGGAAUUACUGUGGACUCUCUUCCACAGACAAAGGACAAUGCUGAACCUGGAAAUAAUGGCUUUGCUGUGACUAACCUCAGAUUUGGUUUGGGUCGUGAUCAAGAAAUCAAAUCCACCGAAGAAAGAAAGGAUGAUGCCAAAAUUCAACUAAAAUUUAAAGAGACAUUAACUGAUGAAGCAGAUUUUAAAAUAGACGAAACAAGCGAGGAAUGUGGAAAAAGCGAUACGGUUGUUAUUCCAUUCCAUUCCAUUGGAAUAAACACCACUGGAGUAAAUAUCGUACAGCCACAUGACUCGCACCCACAAGGCAAUGCAGAGCAACAAGUUCAAGACCAAAUUAAAAUACCAAUUAUCAGUGAAACUACUUCACCCACAUCUCAGAUGCACAGUGAAAAGACAGAAUUGUUUGGCGCCAAAAUACCACUUUCUGAUUUAGAUAAAACCCACCAGAGCUUUUUCUUGGCAAAUGAGUCUGAUGACCGGUGUCCUACCCCAACAAUGGAUGAGAAACCAUAUGAGUACAUUUCUGACCCAAAAAUUAGAGCCUCGAACCCGGUAAAUGAUGUGAUCGAUAUGGAGCAAGAAGAUUGUCAUAAGUCUACAGGAAACAACAGUCCUAACUCUGAUUGCAGACUUCAUUCUGAUCUUGAAUCAAGAACCCAAAGAGUUCUCAAAUGUAUAGACAUGCUGCUAUUGAAAUCUGACCUCACUGAGAAAUCUUCGCUACAAACAGCUGGUAUCAACCACAAUGUUGUAGAAAUUCACAAAUCCAGCAGCAAGCACAUUCCCACCACCUUCUCUUUAAACCAGAUCUCAACUGACUGCAGUCAAAUAAGCAAUACAAUGUCAGACAUGGCGUCAUCCUUUACAUGUAUCUCCCAAGAAUUGCUCACAACUUCAUCAGAGCACAAACUUUUAUCACCUUUCAAAGCUAAAUUAGGAGAAGUACUUGGUGUUAGCAUCCAGCUAAACAAAACAAACUCCUCAGUUCCACAACAUUAUUUUGAAAGAACAGAAAAAUUACAGCAAAUGCCUGUAGGACAAGAUUAUUUUCCCUCUAAAGCAUUCCCCUCUUCUGCGUGUUUGCAAGACAUUAAACCUGAUAUCAACAAACAUAAACAAAAAACAUUGCAGUCUAGUUUUAACAAGAACCUGCGUUCAUACAAUGAAAAUGCUAUAAUGGCUGUAAAACCAUCAAAAAGCGAUGAAAGUGAAGGAGAUCAGACCUAUGAAGAUGGACAAAUGGAAAACUCACCAAUAAGUAAACAAAUCAAAAAUCCCAUAGUCUCAUAUAACAGAAACACUUCCAGGGAAAAGACAGAAACUGUCAAGAAAUAUUCUGAAGAACCAAAUGAUCAUAUUCAUGACUCUAGCUAUGUUUUUUCCAAGAGGUCACCACGUGUUACUGCGUCUAAGUCUAUAUCGACUUCAACAGCACUUUUGGAUUGCCUAAAAAAUGACAGCCCUACACUGGAACCGGAAUCUUCAAUCAUGUGUACAGUCUACAACAACAGGCAGCAGAAGGCUUAUUCUUUUCUGGAAGAGAUCUCCAUGAGGUGCCUACAAAAUGACCUCACUCAGACAUCAAUGGAACAGGAACACCUUAUCUUCUCUGAACAAAUGAAGCAACUUUUUAAAAAGACUAAAAGGAGACCUGUCUGUGACCAGGACGCUCAUGACAAAUCAAAGCCAUGUUGCUCAAAUCAUCUGAUUGUGCAAUUCUCCAAGCUAGAGGAGGAGGAUGAUUCACUAGAUAACUUGGAUGAACCCUUACCUGCUGGUCAAAAAAUUAUGGUAGACAUGUCUGACAGAAUUAACCACACAGGUGGCAGAGAGGGAAAAACUGCAUCACAUUGGCAAGAAACGGGGAAACAAAUGGAGCAUGCUGGAGUUUGUGAUUUGACUGAAGAAUGUGCUCGACUUUACGAGGCAAAGAUGAAUAGUGUCUGUGCUGUUAAAAAGGUCCCACCUAGAUUGAAGUUCUAUGGAAUGGAUGAUCUCCACCAACAGACUGAACCACGUAAUAAUUUUGAUUUCUGUGAUCAAAUGAAGAGAGAAAUGGAUGAGAGCUUUCAUAGUAAUCUUAAUUCAGUUGUGAAGAAGUCCUGUAAGACAAAGUACAGAUUCUUCAUACUAGCAACUUCAGAUGAUUCCUUCUUUAAAGAGACCAAGGCAAGGAUGGAAGCACAAGGCCAUACCAUUAUGGAUCCAUCUGAGUUCUUUCUCGGUGAUGGCAGUUCAUCGCUGCUCAUCAUUGUUAGGAAUGAAGAUAUUGCCGAGCACAUUUGUGAGGUUCCUCAUUUGCUUAAACUCAAGAAGUCACCAAUUGCACAAUUUGCUGGAGUUGAUGAACCUGAUGAUGUUGUAAAUCUAACGCAUCAGGAACUCUUCACACGUGGUGGUUUCAUAAUGUUUAACAGAGCAGUGUUGGAGUCCUUAAAACUUUGCCAUUUAAGAAAAUGUUCAGAAAUCUUGGAAGAGCUAAGCAAAACAGGGAAGUGGAAGUGGAUGUUACACUACAGAGACAGCCGUCGCCUGAAAGAAAAUGCAAGACUAAGUGCUGAGGCUAAACAGAAGACACAUUUUCUAAACUGGUGCCAAGACACUGGGAUUCUGGAGGUCUUGCCCUACCAUGACUGUGAUCUCCUGUCACAAGAUCAGCCGGACUAUCUUGCAUGUUUGGUCCACUUGCAGGUCCAUAAUAUUUCGGCCCGUUAUCCUGUUUUUAUAACUGAUAAAAUCACAGAUGAUGCCUUUGGCAGAAAUGGAAUUUUCACAAUGGCUGUCAAGUCUUUUUUGACUGGUUUUCCAGGAGAAAUAUUUAAAGAAUGAACUGAAAAUGUCUGAAGAAUAAUUUCAACUACAACCUCACCAAACCUCUAAAAGACACCUUAAAUGUUUUUUCAAACAACCUGCUUUUAUUUUCUGUAAAUGUAAAAGUUUAAUGCUUUGUGUUUUCAUGGUUUGACAUUUUCUGGUCAUGUUAACUAGUAAAGUCACUUAUCAUUCAGUUAAUGGAUAGUGUGAUGUUAAUGGCAAUAUUCCAACAAGUGUUCUUGCACACUGUUUCUUGUUUUAUUGUUAUGUAAUAUUAAUGUAUAAACUGGAGUAUUUUUUUACACUGUAUACUAUCUACCUUUAUAAUACAGACUUUGUACAGGUGUAGCACAAACAUUAAUAGUGUUUAUUUCUUUAUAUGCUUUUGUGUUUAAAAUGUUUGAAAUAAAUUUUCCUGAAGUACUUUGUUCAAGUCUUAAAACAAAGCUAAAUGUACAGUACCUGUUUUCAAGUGGUUUGCUACACGCAGUGAGUGCUGCCGUACACCCGUUUAUUAAGUUGCUGACAGUGUUGUUCAUAUCGUCUUGAAUUGUUGGAGAGUUUCAUUUUAUUACCAAAUGCUAACCUAUUAACAUUCACUAUGUGUAUAAAAGGACUGAGAAUAAACAUAAUAUUGUUUUGCCUAAAAUGA